AUGACCACCGUGCGAAGUCUCGGUGCCCUCGGCAAGGCCAAGGAAGAAGAGAACGAAGACGAAAAUGAGGAAGAAGAUGGGGAAAUGGGAAGGAGGGCGGCGACGAAGAAGACAAAGAAAGACGACGAGGACAAAGAAGAAGAAAAAGAAGACGACGAGGUGAACCUAACCCCGAAGACGAGCCGAAAUGCCAAGGGCUCGGCGUCGCCGGGGACCGCGAAACGCGCGUCCUUUGCCUCCGUCGAGGAGUACGACGCCUUCCUGCUCUCCGAGAAGCAGGGCCGCUUCGUUCGCGUGGGCUCGUGGACAGGCAUGUCCAAGGGCAUCCUCCAUCGAUGCAAUGAUGGCGAGUGCGCGAGGGAGUGGAAGCCAUCGCCGGCCCAGGCUCUGGCGGACGACUACUACUGCCCGUCAUGCGUGCUCCACCACAGAAACAACGAAGACCGGUUUGAGGAUCCUCGUUUGGAGUGGACGCGACACGUGCCCAACACCCUCUACGUGUUCUCCAUCAUUGACCCGAAGACGAAGAAGAAGCUCAUCAAGUUCGGGCGAACCCAGCACCUGGACGCGUGGAAGCGCUACCCGGCGAAGGAGCGGAAGGACUACAAGAUGGAGCUGCUGCUGAGCUUGCGCGGCAAGCUCGAGACCACCACCAAGAUCGAGAAUUGGUGGAAGAGCCAAGCCGAUGAGCAUGGCUACUUUACCAGGUUCUCUGAUCCGAACUUUCACGGCAAGGACGAGUGUUUGGAACUGAGCCCCGAGGUGCUGGAGGAGAUGGUCGCACACUCGAAGGAGGUGCUGGCCGCCGAGUAA